UUUUCACCAACUCCUCUGAAAAAAACGAACAGAGAAAAAAAAAAAAGAAGGAAAAAGAAUGAGGAAGAACUAAUAAGACUCUACGAGAGGGGAAAUGGGAGGGCGUUCGCUAGCAUUUGUACGGAGCGCGAUUUGAUCCCUAAGGAAUUUAAAAGGGUUGGAAUUUGAAAUUGAGCGCGAACAUGGAAUCCGAAGGGCAAAGAGCUUCCACUAACCCUACGGCUGUGCUCGCGUCUCUCAUGAGCAAGAGAGAGAGGCUUCAAGAAGAGCUUGACAGCGUUGAAAAGCAGGUUUAUGAGUUAGAGACGAGCUACUUACAAGAUUCAAGCCGUUUUGGGAAUGCAUUAAAAGGUUCGGAAGGGAUUUUUUCUUCAUCCAAGUACACGACAAACCUAAAGCGGUCCAGGAAAUUCCAUCCUGAAGACAGGCUCUUCUCAUUGUCUUCAGUUACCUCUCCAGCGUCCUUCAGCUCUAACGAGGCUGUGUUGUUCGUGUUCAGGUUGAAGAACGUGGAGUUGGUCGAGAUGAUGGGAGAUCUGAUAUUGGUCAAGGCCGUUCGAAAGGUGGAGGCUUACCUGCAAGUGGACAAGGGAAACUGAAGAGGGGAAGAACAGCACCGAGGGACGGAAAGAGAUUCAGGCCUUCAAGUGAUCAUGGUCUCGGCAAUGAUGACAACCCUGGCUUGAUUUUGAGAUAAUGAGCUACUCCAGGGAAGUUGUAAAUUCCCCGCCCCAAAACCCUGGGAAAAAAAAAAAAAUUGAAAGAAAAAAAAGGCUUUAGCUUGAAAAAAAUUUGCCCUAGCCAUGCUGACAGUGUACCAGAGUUUGAUCUAUAUAUUAUCUUUGGCGCCAUUUUCAGGUGUUUUCAAAUGUUUAUUAUCAUUUUUUUUCCCCAAUUGGAGUCUUUGGUUUGGACUUGCGUUACAUUUUCUAGUCUUUUUUAAGCCUGUUCUUUUCUGCCUCUCCCUACAACCACGUUGCUGCGGCCUCCUGCUUGUUAAAGGAUGGUGGGCCAUACAGAAGGUAAACUCCUCGGUGCCCUUAAUGGGCUUUCCUACAAAUCUACGCAAUAAUCCAACUAAGUGGGGUUAUGUAAUAAUGAUAAUGUAACAGAGGAUUCCAUGUAUUAUAACGGUUUUAGUCCAACGAUGGUGAGAUUUUUGUUUGUUUUGAUCCACUGGGGCUCAUAGUUUUGCUCAAUAAAAAAUGUAUGAGGUUGAAACUUGCA